AUGUACCCAGCCCCGGACGAUAGCAAUGACUUGAUAACGUCUAACAAAUUGCAGGUCCACUUCUGGCUGCACGGAGGUGUCAAAACCCAUGUUUCGGAAGAAAAUCCAAUAGUAAUGGGACACGAAGCUUCUGGUAUCGUCCAUGCCGUUGGCCCCGCAGUCUCAAAUCUGAAACCAGGGGAUGAAAUCGCCAUCGAACCUGGCUUUGCCUGUCGUAUUUGUUCAAACUGCAAAAGUGGUCAUUAUAAUCUGUGUCCUCAUAUGAUGUUUGCAGCGAAUCCGCCCCAUACGCAUGGGACUUUGUCGAAAUUCUUCAAGGUUCCAGCUGAUUGCUGUUUCAAGAUUGCCAAAACUCUGGGUGAGAACAGGUCAACUCUUCAAAUAGCGCUUGAUGAAGCUGUAUUGAUUGAGCCAAUGGCUGUCGCAGUCCAUUCUGUGAAGCAGGUCGGUGUCAAACCCGGGGAUAGGGUCAUCGUGUUCGGUGCUGGGACAGUGGGGCUCAUGUGCGCGGCUGUUGCGCGCGAGUUUGGAGCCUCUGUAGUUGUUUCUGUUGAUCUCAGUGAUCAGAAGUUGGCAUUUGCCCAGAAAUGGAUGGCCCGCGAUCGGUUCUUGUUUUCGACAGCUAUUCCGGAGCCAAUGCCUGCUGAGGAUAAUGCGGCUGGUCUGAGGAAUCGGCUGCAAAACUUGAACCCCGAUGAAGACCCUGGAAUGUCAGGCUUCGACGUGGCAAUUGAGGCUACUGGAGCAGAGUCUUGCAUUCAAAUGGCGAUUUACUCACUUCGCAUUGGAGGAUCAUUUGUGCAAACAGGAUUGGGAAAUCGGAAUGUUAACUUUCCCAUCUCGACAGUCUCAGAGAAUGAGAUUACUAUCAAAGGAUGCUACCAAUAUGGCCACGGAGAUUUCAAACUUGCCUUGCAGUUGGCUAUGUCUGGAAAGAUUGAAUUAAAGCCACUUAUCACCAGUGUAUUUCCCUUUGAGGAGGUGACCAAGGCCUGGGACACUACCAAGAGUGGCGAGGGGAUCAAGACCUUGAUUCGAGGUGUUGGAUUCUGA